CUUUUUGUAAACUAACGGGACUUUACGCUGGGCUAUUGAGUGGAGGUUUUGGUUUUCCGUAAUGUACUAAUGGCUGAUGCGCGCAUGAUAUGAGUCCUACUGAUCAGCAAAAGUUGAAGUCAUCGCAGAAGGACAAGGUUCGGCAGUUCAUGUCCUUCACGCAGGCCGGGGAGAGGACAGCCGUGUACUGCCUAACGCAGAAUGACUGGAAACUAGAAGUCGCCACAGAUAAUUACUUCCAAAAUCCAGACCUAUACUACAAAGAAUCCAUGAAAACCUCAGUGGACCGCAAGAAGCUGGAACAGCUCUACAACAGAUACAAAGACCCCCAAGAUGAAAACAAGAUAGGUAUCGAUGGCGUCCAGCAGUUCUGUGACGACCUGAUCCUGGAUCCAGCUAGCGUGAGCAUCCUUGUGGUGGCAUGGAAGUUCAGAGCGGCCACGCAGUGCGAGUUCAGCAGAAAGGAGUUCCUGGAUGGCAUGGCUGAGCUAGGCUGUGACAGUCCAGAAAAACUCAAGGCCAUCCUUCCCAGACUAGAGCAGGAGCUGAAAGACACUGGGAAGUUCAAAGACUUCUACCAGUUUACCUUCAAUUUUGCCAAAAACCCAGGCCAGAAAGGUUUAGACCUGGAGAUGGCUGUCGCCUAUUGGAAUCUAGUUCUCACUGGUCGCUUUAAGUUUUUGGAUCUCUGGAACCGCUUCCUGGUGGAGCAUCACAAACGCUCCAUUCCUAAAGACACGUGGAACCUCCUCCUUGACUUCGGCAAUAUGAUCACAGACGACAUGUCAAACUACGAUGAGGAAGGGGCGUGGCCUGUCCUCAUAGACGACUUUGUGGAGUUUGCUCGGCCGAUUGUGACGAGUAAGCGCAACAUGACAUAGUGUUUGUCCCGGCUUCAUGCAGCAAAUGGAGUUUGUGUUUCUCCCAAUUUUCUUCUUUUUUUGAAUGAGGAUUUUCAUACAAAUGAGCCAAAAAGAGAGUACUUCUCAAUAAGCCUGUCUGCAGCUUGAUGUUAGGAUUGUUCCUCAAACUGUAUAAGAUGCCUUGACCAGGAACAGUGCAAGAGGAAAACAGGAGGGGAAUCAACAGGAGAAAGAUUAAUUAUGUUUUUUUUUUGGCAAAGACAGACUUUGUUAUUGCAAUAUGGAAAUGUUGAGUACCCUGAGAACUCUUCACCAAUGGGUGUGGCUUGGAACUGCUGCUGACUUUCUCACUAAGCUGCACCCUCGGCACAGUCAGGAGGGAAGGUAACGGUGAACCCUCAGCACACGCAGAAGAUUAACUUAUAGAUGCAGUAGGAUGUGGCCUCUCACAUUGUCAAUUGUGAAUGGGACAGUCUGUUCAAAUCUGCAUGUUUAUGUCAGCUAGUGUGAAGCAGUGCCACUGAUGUUGAGGAGGGGAGAAAAACAUAGAAGUCUACAUUAUUUUCACUGAGAUUGCGAGUGUGGAGCUCUCUUACAAUCACACUGAGAGAAGUGUGUGUGUGUGUGUGUGUGUGUGUGUGUGUGUGUGUGUGUGUGUGUGUGUGUGUGUGUGUAUUUUUUAAGGGAGGUAAACAUAUGGCCUCCUUUACAAUGCUUAAUAUUUUCAUUUGGUUUUAUGAUAUUAGAAGUUAAGAAAUUAUGAUUCACCUUAACUAGCCAGAGAGAAAGAAAGGGUUCAAGUCAACAUUUUGUAUUCACACUAUUGGACAGAGCGGCAUGCUUUUCAAGCUCAGCACCAGCAGAAUCAUGUUGUUACAGCCGUAACACGCUGUAUACCAAUAGGAAUAAGAAAGAUCCAAUUUUAAAGAAACCGAAAUGUAUAUCUGAGAAAACAGGUAAUGACAUUUAUAAUCAUGAUUGGUACAUUGGUUAGAUCCUCAUGUUUUAAAUGCCUCUGCAUUAAAUACUUGACUUUUAUGUUGCAGUGUGUGUACUGCUGUACAAAGAGAGACUGACUGGCACAUUGACUGUUUAUCAGCCAGGUGAUUUGCCAACUGUGCAAACUGCACUGAUUUACACUUUUCUGUUGUAGGACUUUUCUUUAUCAGGCAGUACUGUACACAGCUACUCAGUUUACUUGACUGUAGCUUCACUAACACAUCAGACUUUUUAAAUGAACAUCUACAUCCGAGCUAAGAGUAUUUGAACUGUUAGUUUACACUGUUUGAGUUUUAGCCUGUUGCUUAUCAUGAAUUAGUGACUAGUGCAAUGGUGGCAUGUUUAAGUAACUACCACAGAGCAAAACAUGUCACUUUGAGAACAGUGCUCAACAGUACUUGCACUGCCAUCUAGCGGUGCAAUGCUUUUUCUCCAAACAAGAUGUAGUGUUGCUCUUUAAGUGCAGUUAUGAACUUUAAAUGCACCGCGCUUUCCUGGUCUAAAGAGUGUGGCAGAAGGUAGAGCUCAGGUUCCAGUCGUCCUCUCUCACAGUGCAGGUGGCUUCCUGCACCUGCAUCACUAUUUGCCAUCUUACUAUGCUGUCUAGUUCUACCAAUUGUCACUAUGAUAAAACUAUGUUAUUAAGUGAGGAUGUAUUAUCCUGCAACAAAUCUCAAAUCCAACUACAGUUGUAAUGAUUGCCUUUUGUUUUUUAAGUAGACAAACUUGUGUUUAAGUUUGCAUAUAUGUAGGCACAGGUCAUAACUAAGGUGGGGUGUGUUAAGUUGACUUUCAGAGUGGAUCGGGAUGGGAAUUUAUUAUUAUUUUUGUCUCUGACUGAAUGCAAUCGAGUGGCAAAUGAAACAGCUUUAUUAUGACUGUAAAACAGUCACUGUAGCAGCUGGUACAUAUAUCAUAUGUGUUGGUGGAAUCAAAUACCCUGUAUAACUUUCUGACCGUUGAAGUUGUGCACAGACCACCAGCACAGCCAGAUGGUGUGAAAGCUUUUCCCAGUUGAUUGUGGACAGAAUUAUCUGGCAUCCUCUGUGGAUUUGGAGCAAGAAAAUGUAACCUCUUUCGGUUGUUCAGUUUGCUCACAUGGUACAUUUGGUACGUGUUUAUUUAUCAAAUGUCUGGUCAAUUGUGUCAAGUCAUGCAGAUCAUUCUUAUCAAAACAGUAUUAUUGUUGCCAGCAAGAAAACAGGUAUUUACAGAAUAUUAUGUUUUGUCACAAAAGCAUUGUUUUCUUUUAGAAAGUUGUGAAUAAAGCAUGUUGUUUUUAAAGAG